CGGUCGGGAGGGCGACAUCUGCCCGUUGGCUUCUCAUCGACAGGACUGAAGGUCUUCGUAUUUGGGCUUCUUGCAGACGUCUCUUCCUAUGUAUUUUCCCUCUGUGACGCCCCACUUGCUUUCUCCGUUGUAGCUUUGCGAAGCGCCCGUAGCCGAUUGCUCAAACCAUGCGUGCUCAUUUCAUUUUGUCCCUUGACGGAGUCUGUUGCCGUUCGGGCGGCCGAGGCCUCCAACAUUGCCACAAUGAUUCUGGCGACUGCUCCUGGUGGCAAGGGGGGGCGAGACUCGGCGCGCUGAGACUGUCGCCGCAGGCCCUCCCGGAUGCGAGUGGCCUGUGGUCAGACAUGAGUGCUCUUGCCAGCAUGCCAGUGUACCAACAUGCACGUGCGAGCGGUAGCAGGCUGCUGCCCCUCCAGGUCAGCUCUUGCUGCGGCCGGUCAGGCUGAUUCUGUCAAAGCUUGCGGGGUUAGGGUUGCACGCGGAAGUGCAAGCUGUACGUCCCAUGCCUCUUUCGGACCACGGACUACAAGCACGUUGCGCGCACCAGGCCACCGCGCAUGCUGCCCAGACAUGCACUUGGGUCUUCAGCGGGGCGGGGCUCAUCCAGUUCAGCGCCGUGGGGGAUGCUCGAAACGCAGGGGAGCAGAAGGAUCGAGCGUAUUCGACGGCCAGCACGCAGUGGCGAACGAAGCCGUGGCCAGAGGUUUGCGAGCAGGACCCUUGCGCAAACUCGGUGCUAAGAACAAGCCUGCAGAGUGGGAGAGAUCAUUAUGGUCGCUCGGAGAGCUGCAGCGAGCGCGCUCGUCAUUGAGCGUCGUGCGCUACACGACUGCGAUGAGUGCAUGCAAGAAUGCUGGCCAAUGGGGCCGAGCGCUGACAUUGCUCGUCGAGCUGCGGCGGUCACUCGUGGAGUUGGACGUCGUUAGCUACAAUGUUGCGAUCAGCGCGUGCGAAAAGGGUGGGCAGUGGAGGGGGGCGUUGUCGCUGCUAAGCGAGCUGCGCAGAGUGAAAGUGGCACCGAGUCUUAUCAGCUUCAACUCAACAGUCAGCGUUUGCGGGAAAGGCAGACAAUGGCAGCAUGCUCUGGCUUUGCUUCGUGUAACGCAGCAGGCAAGGUUGGUGCCUGACGUAAUUAGCUUCAGUUCGGCAAUGAGCGCAUGCGAGAAGGGGGGGCGGUGGAACCAUGCACUGUCAUUGCUGGAUGACUUACGUCGGUCGGAAUUGCAGCCAAACGUAAUUAGCUUUAAUGCUGCAUUGAGCGCGUGCGAGAAAGGUGGCCAGUGGGAGCGAGCACUUCUAUUGUUUGACCAGUUUCGAGGACGCGAUGUGAGACCCAGCGUCAUCAGCUUCAAUGCUGCAAUGAGCGCGUGCGAGAAGGGCGGGCAAUGGCAGCUCGCGCUUGUGCUACUCAGCAGGCUGGGCCGGGCACGACUAGAGCCAAGCACCAUCAGCUUCAACGUCGCCGUGAGCGCGUGCGAAAAGGGUGCGCAGUGGGCACGGGCACUGUCGUUGGUGGGCGAGCUGUGCGAAGCACGCUUGAGGUUGGAUGCCAUCAGCCUGAACGCCCUGGCGAGUGCGUGCGGACGGGGAGCACAGUGGGAGCGGGCUUUGUGCUCGUUGAGGGGCUUGUGGCGGUCAAGCUUAGAGCCGAAUGUCAUAGGCUUCAACGCUGCGAUGAGCGCGUGCGAGAAGGGCGGGCAGUGGGAGCGAGCUCUGGCGCUGCUCCGCGAGCUCUGGCGUUCAGGUCUGCGGCCAACUGCUGUCAGCUACAACGCCGCCCUGAGCGCCUGCGAGAAGGCGGGGCUGUGGGAGCGGGCGCUCUCGCUGAUCGGCGAGAUGCGCCGGGUGGAGGUGCCGCUGGACGUGGUCAGCUUCAAUGCCACGGCGAGCGCGUGCGAGAAGGGCGGGGAGUGGGAGCGGUCGCUGUCGCUGCUCGGCGAGCUGCGGAUGGCCGCGCUGGAGCCGAGCACGACCAGCUAUAACGCCGUCAUCAGUGCGUGCGAGAAGGGAUGGCAGUGGGAGCGGGCGUUGGCGUUGCUGGGUGGGCUGUGGGCGGCGGCACUGGAGCCAAGCAUUAUCAGCUACGAUGCUGCGAUGAGGGCGUGCAGGCGGGGCGAGCAGUGGGAGCGAGCGGUGCUUUUGAUCAGCGAGGUGCGCUGGGCGCGCCUGGAGAUGGACGACGUCUAUCACAAGGCAACGCGCUGGAGACACCAUCAUGGGAAGCAGAGGUGACGCGCGACAUGCAGCUGACCCCCUUGGUGCUGUCUUGUCCAGGGUCUCCCCUGUCACUCCUUGGCUGUUUGAGCCAGCUCUUCCA